CAGCCCAGGCAGUCACCCCCGGGGUGAGCGACUUUAGGGGAGUUGGUGCCCCGCCCCCCAGGCCUUGGCGGGGUCAUGGGGGCCCCCCAUUCUGGGCCGGGGGGCGUGAGAGUCGGGGCCCUGCUGCUGCUGGGGUGUUUGGGGCUGGUGUCUGGGCUCAGCCUGGAGCCUGUCUACUGGAACUCGGCGAAUAAGAGGUUCCAGGCGGAGGGUGGCUACGUGCUCUACCCCCAGAUCGGGGACCGACUAGACCUGCUCUGCCCCCGGGCCCGGCCUCCUGGCCCUCACUCUUCUCCUAAUUAUGAGUUCUACAAGCUGUACCUGGUCGGGGGUGCCCAGGGCCGGCGCUGCGAGGCACCCCCUGCCCCAAACCUCCUUCUCACUUGUGAUCGACCUGACCUGGAUCUCCGUUUCACCAUCAAGUUCCAGGAGUACAGCCCUAACCUCUGGGGCCACGAGUUCCGCUCCCACCACGAUUACUACAUAAUUGCCACGUCGGAUGGGACCCGAGAAGGCCUGGAGAGCUUGCAGGGGGGCGUGUGCCUAACCAGAGGCAUGAAGGUGCUUCUCCGAGUGGGACAAAGUCCCCGAGGAGGAGCCGCCCCCCGAAAACCCGUGUCUGAAAUGCCCAUGGAAAGAGACCGAGGGGCAGCCCACAGCCCGGAGCCCGGGAAGGAGAACGCAGUGCCAGGUGACCCCACCAGCAAUGCAACCUCCCGGGGUGCUGAAGGCCCCCUGCCCCCUCCCAGCAUGCCCGCUGUGGCCGGGGCAGCAGGGGGGCUGGCGCUGCUCUUGCUGGGCGUGGCAGGGGCUGGGGGUGCCAUGUGCUGGCGGAGACGGCGGGCCAAGCCUUCGGAGAGUCGCCACCCUGGGCCCGGCUCCUUCGGGAGGGGAGGGUCUCUGGGCUUGGGGGGCGGAGGCGGGCUGGGAGCCCGGGAGGCUGAGCCUGGGGAGCUAGGGAUAGCUCUGCGGGGCGGUGGGGCUGCAGAUCCCCCCUUCUGUCCCCACUAUGAGAAGGUGAGUGGCGACUAUGGGCAUCCUGUGUAUAUCGUGCAGGAUGGGCCCCCGCAGAGCCCCCCGAACAUCUACUACAAGGUAUGAGGGCGCCUCCCGCCUGGCUCUCCUGAAUCUGGCCCCUUGUCGAGUGCUCCUGAGUUGACUUAAAGGUUUCAGGGACACUGCCAGCAUCCCCUUGGCCCCUCUGCCCCGCCGGCUCCUCUCCUUUUUCUGGCUGUUGCCCUUUUCUCCACGUGUAGGAUUCCUGAGAUUUCCACGGCGCCCCUCCUGCCCUCCCGAUUAGCCAUGGGCGCCCCCUCUGUCUCCAUGUCCCCUGGGAGGAGGCACAGGCUCAGCCUCCUCUGUGACUGUGACCCCGGUGUCCUUGCCCCCCGCCCCGAGCUGAAGUGGGGGAACAGUCUGUCUUUUGGUUGGCACCUCUCUCCUUCUGCCUCUCACUGUUGUUUCUCUUCUCUCUGUGUCUUAUUCUUUCUCUCUCUUCUGUCUUUAGGUCUGUUCCUCUCCCUAGCAUCUCCUCCCUACACCUCCUCUUGCCCUCUUGGCUUCUUAUCCUCUCCCGUCUCCUGGGUGGGGGCAUCACAACAUCUCUCCCCUUAGCUCUCAGCCCUCCUCUGACCUCGCAUACCAACCACUCCUCAGCCUGGGGGCUUCCGGGGAAGGCUCUGGCACUCCACCCCAGCUCAGGGCACGGGCAGCAGGGCCUCCUUCUCUGCCCCGCCCCAGGCCUCUACGUACUUUCUCCAGCCAUUUGGGGUGGUUGGGUCGUGACAACUACUAUGAGAAGAAGUGUCCUGUUUUGUCCAGUGGCCAAUGGCGAGAUAAGAGCUGUUUGGGACACGUGUGGACUCGGUCUGAUGCUGAAUGGGCUACUUGGGACAGGAAGUGACCUGCUCCAGACAAGAAGUGGCCAGGCCUGCACAGAAAUGGCCUGGGAAGUGGCGGAAGCAGUGCAGCAGGAACUGGAAGUGCCUUCAUCCAGGACAGGAAGUAGCACUUCUGAAAUAGGAAGUGGUCUGGCUGGAACUCCAAGUGGCUUA